CUGAAAUUCAACAUAGACAGAAAAUAAUAAAAUUAAUUAAAAAUGUUUGUUUCGGACGUUAAUGAUGUUAAAAUAUUUAAUCUAAGUGCUGGAAAGUCACUACCAGAUUGGCUUACAGAUCGAAAGAAGAAAUCGUCAGUUAAUAAAAAUGUGGAUUUACGGAAGAGGAUAGAGCUGAUACAGGAUUUUGACAUGCCAGGAGUCUCAACAUCAAUCCGAAUGUCACCUGAUAAUCAAUAUAUAUUAGUCACAGGCACUUACAAGCCAAGAAUAAAGUGCUACGAUGUAAAUCACCUGUCUGUAAAAUUUGAGCGAUGCUUUGACUCUGAAGUUGAGACCUUUGAAGUUCUUAGUGAUGAUUAUAGUAAACUAGUAUUUCUACAGUCAGAUCGUUAUGUUGAAUUUCAUGCUGCUCAUGGACGACAUUAUCGAUUAAGGGUUCCAAAAGUAGGUAGAUCCAUGUCUUAUCAUACACCUUCAUGUGAUUUAUUCGUUGUUGGAUCAUCGUCUGAGAUUUAUCGACUAAAUCUCGAACGUGGUCAGUUCCUUCAACCAUAUGAAAGUCAAUCUUGUGGAUUUAAUACUUGUGACAUAAAUCAAGAGCAUCAUUUAUUAUGUGUUGGAUCACAAGAAGGCUGGAUUGAAGCAUGGGAUCCAAGAGACAAAAGGAAAUGUUCAACACUUGAUGUAGCUAUGAAAAUUAAGAACAAUAUUAAUUUCCCUUCAAUAACAUCUGUAAAAUUCAAAAAUGGUCUUCAUAUGGCUGUUGGAACUGCAAGUGGACACGUUUUACUCUAUGAUAUUCGAUCUAGUGAGCCUCUCCUUGUUAAAGAUCAUCUCAACAGAAUUCCAGUAAGGAAAAUUGAUUUCAAUCCUAGCCAGAACGUAAUUUAUUCCAUGGAUAGUGCAAUGUUAAAGAUUUGGGAUGAAAAUACAGGCAAGCAGACGGCAUAUAUCGAGUCACAAUCAAACUUCAAUGACUUUUGUACAAUCCCAAAUACUGGAAUGUUCUUUUUCGCACAAGAAGAUGUAAAAAUGCAGACAUUCUAUAUCCCAUCGUUAGGACCAGCACCAAGAUGGUGUGCAUUCCUUGACAACCUAACAGAAGAAAUUGAAUCGGAAGUCGUUCAAGAGAUUUAUGAUGACUACAAGUUUGUCACUAAGCAGGAACUUAUGAGUCUCGGAUUAGAUCAUCUUGAAGGAACAAAUUUAUUAAAAGCAUACAUGCACGGAUAUUUUGUUGAUAUUAGACUGUAUAAUAAAGCUAAAUCAGCUUCUGAACCGAAAACAUUUGAUAGAUACAGAAAAGAAAAGAUCCAGAAGAAAAUUGAGGAAUCAAGACCACAAAGAUUACAAGUUAAAUCGGAUGUGCCGAAAGUUAAUCGUGAAAUUGCACUUAAAUUUAUGGACACAGAAGAUAGUGGCAAGAAGACAAAAACAUCAAAUCUUCUUAAAGAUGAUCGUUUCAAGGCUAUGUUUGAAAAUCCAGAAUUUGAAGUUGACAAGUCAACAGAAGAAUACAGACUGCUUAAGCCUUUAUUGACACAACUGGACAAGAGCAAGGUAAAGAAAUUAGAAAAGAAAUAUGCACAAAAUGAUGAAAAUGGCGAUAAGGAUGAAGCAAGUACCGACGAUGACUUAUUCUCUGAAAAGGAAGAAGAAAGUUCAGACGACGAAGACAAUAGCAAAUGGAAGGAAGUCAAAAAGGAACAUAAAAGAAUUCAAAAAGAGAAAAAACGUAAACCUAAAGAUGAUGUGGACAUGGAAGACGAUACUAAGCAAAAGUCAAUAGAAAUGCAUGAUAUUGACACAUUUAAAAUUAAUGAAUUAUCACAAAAAGUCGUCAAGACAUCACUAGGUGCUCGAGUGGCUAAAGAAAAGGAAAAACCAAAAGUGCAAAUAAUUUCUGGUCUUGGAAAUAGACAAAUGAGUUUUAGCACCGAUACAAAAAUCAGUAAGUCAGCUAUAAAGAGACAAGAAGAUAUGAAGAAGCAUCGAGAGGAGAGAAAGAAAGUUAUUCGACCUACAACUAAUCUUAAACGGAAGUAGAUUAAUGGAUUGGCAAAGGUUGUAAUUAACGGAUUUUUUAAGUUUGAAUUUUAACGGUUUUCAAAAAAUUGGAAUGUCAAAAUCUACAAGACUGUUAAAAAAUCAAAAUUUUUAAACCCGUUUAAAACAAAAGAAAAU